AUGGCACCUUCUUCGCCAAAAUCAUCUGCUGAAGCUUCUCGAAGGCGAACGCCAUCACCACGAAGCAAGGAUCUUGGGAGAACGAGUCAGCAACGAGUGAUUACGAAUGCAGGGAAGCGAAUGAUACGAUCUGAGGGACAUCGAAGAGAUCAGGGGCGGUCACCUGAUGCUGUGAACCUGUGUGGCGGCAUAUCUGGGUCUUCUGUUGGUUCCGUUUCCGUGUGCGCAUCAGCACAUUCUUCUGGUGGUUUACAAGGGGUUUAUGUUGAACGUCUCCCUCCAAGAAGUGACGGAACUGUGAAAGAGGCCAUAAGAGAUGCGUUGAAAAAGCAUGGUCGCAUCGUGGAUAUCUCGAUUGAAGGAGAUGGAGACGCAAGAAAGGCCCUUGUUAUUUUUCAACGUGUCAUUGACAUGGAGAAACUAGUGAACGACUCCCACAUUUCCAUCUUAUCUAUGCGUGUUCGCAUUCGAGCAGCCAAUCACGUUGUUGUUCAGGAGGCAUAUAACGACUACCUAUCACUGAAUAGCCCCGCUGGUAGUGGUGCCACCGUUGGGCCAGAUGCGGAUCUUCCUGCGAAGUAUUCCUCACCCAACGGAAAUAGAAAUGAAGUGGACGUUUUCCAUCCUAAGGCGUCCCGCACGUUGUACGUCGGUGGCUUAGAAAGUCGAAUAUCAGACGAGACUUUACGUCGUCGAUUCGGGAAAUAUGGCACGAUUUUGGACGUGGACGUAAAGAACUACGAGUCGCCGUCACCAUUUGCCUUCAUCCAGUUCGCUGAUAUAGACUCGGCUGUGCGCGCCAUAAAUACGCACGCUACUACUGUACAGCCAGCGAACAAAAAGGGAAAGAAAUUUCAACCGAACUUUGGAAGGUCCAUGACGACAAAUAAGUUGUGGAUUGGUUCUAUUCCACCUCAGAUUGGCGAAGAGUAUGUGAUUCAGAAGCUUCGCUCUUUAUCCGAAGGAGUAGUUGACGUUGUCGUGGAUAUGAGGGUUCGACAAGCUAUCGUAGUGUUCUCCUCCACGGAAGGGGCACAAGCAGCUCUAAACCGCAUUAAAGCUGGUGUUCCGAAACAGUUGUAA